GCAGUGGUUUCCUGUCGCUGCUUGGUAACAAUGGGGAAGAUAAUGGCUGCCUGAGCAACGUCUCCGAGCAGGCGCUGGGCUAGAGGCGGGUUCUCCAUUAGCGACUCAUUGGAGGCGGGUUUGAGAGCGACGACAGGGGAGGCUAGCAGGAGCCUCCGCUGCGGCGGCCGAACCAACCGAGUCGGCUCCUCACACUAAAAUCAAAGCAGAGUGAAGAAAACUAAAGUCCAGUUUAUUCUAUUACAGUACUAUGUCAUAACAGUCAGAUCUUUUCACUUGCUUAUCAAGAUGGAAGGCUCAGAUUCUAGUGAUAAAGGAAGUAGUGGUGAUCAGUCUGCAGCACAACGCAGAAGUCAGAUGGACCGAUUAGACCGAGAAGAAGCUUUCUAUCAAUUUGUAAAUAACCUGAGUGAAGAAGAUUAUAGGCUUAUGAGAGAUAACAAUUUGCUAGGCACUCCAGGUGAAAGUACUGAGGAAGAGUUGCUGAGAAGACUACAACAAAUAAAAGAGGGUCCUCCACCACAAAACUCAGAUGAGAAUAGAGGUGGAGACUCUUCAGAUGAUGUGUCUAAUGGUGACUCUAUAAUAGACUGGCUUAAUUCUGUCAGACAGACUGGAAAUACGACAAGAAGUGGACAAAGAGGAAACCAGUCUUGGAGAGCAGUGAGUCGGACUAAUCCAAACAGUGGAGAUUUCAGAUUCAGUUUAGAGAUAAAUGUCAAUCGUAAUAAUGGGAGCCAGAAUCCAGAGAAUGAUAAUGAGCCAUCAGUGAGACGUGCUAGUGGAGAAAAUAUGGACAACAGCCAAAGGCAAGUAGAAAAUCCACAGUCUGACUGGACAUCUGCAAGGUUAUCUAGAUCAGAACGAAAUUCAGCUGAAGCAGUGACAGAAGUACCGUCUACCAGAGGUCAGAGAAGGGCAAGAAGCAGGAGCCCUGAUCAUCGGAGAACUAGAGCAAGAGCUGAAAGAAGUAGGUCACCUUUGCAUCCAAUGAGUGAAAUUCCACGACGAUCUCAUCAUAAUAUCUCAUCUCAGACUUUUGAGCAUCCUUUGGUAAAUGAGACUGAGGGAAGUUCUAGAACCCGACAUCAUGUAACACUGAGACAGCAAAUAAGUGGACCUGACUUGCUAAGUAGAGGUAUUUUUGCAGCUUCUGGAACAAGAAGUACCUCUCAAGGUGCAGGCUCUUCAGAUACAACUAGCAGUGGUGAAUCUACAGGAUCUGGACAGAGACCUCCAACCAUAGUCCUUGAUCUUCAAGUAAGAAGAGUUCGUCCUGGAGAAUAUAGACAGAGAGAUAGCAUAGCUAGCCGAACUCGGUCAAGGUCUCAAACUCCUAACAACACUGUCACUUACGAAAGUGAACGAGGAGGUUUUAGACGUACAUUUUCACGUUCAGAGCGGGCAGGUGUGAGAACCUAUGUCAGUACCAUCAGAAUACCUAUUCGUAGAAUCUUAAAUACUGGUUUAAGCGAGACUACAUCUGUUGCAAUUCAAACUAUGUUAAGACAAAUAAUGACAGGUUUUGGUGAGUUAAGCUACUUUAUGUACAGUGAUAGUGAUUCAGAACCUAGUGGCUCAGUCUCCAGUCGAAAUAUGGAAAGAGUAGAGUCACGAAGUGGAAGAGGGAGUACUGGUGGUAGUAGCAGUUCUGGUUCCAGUUCGAGUUCCAGUCCUAGUUCCAGUUCCAGUGGAGAAAGUUCAGAGACUAGUUCAGAGGUAUUUGAUGGCAGUAAUGAAGGAAACUCACCAGGCUCAUCAGGUGCCAGGCGAGAGGGUCGACACAGAGCCCCAGUAACAUUUGAUGAAAGUGGCUCUUUGCCUUUCCUUAGUCUGGCUCAGUUUUUCCUCUUAAAUGAGGAUGAUGAUGACCAACCUAGAGGACUCACCAAAGAACAGAUUGACAACUUGGCAAUGAGAAGUUUUGGUGAAAACGAUGCAUUAAAAACAUGUAGUGUUUGCAUUACAGAAUACACAGAAGGCAACAAACUUCGUAAACUACCUUGCUCCCAUGAGUACCAUGUUCACUGCAUCGAUCGCUGGUUAUCUGAGAAUUCUACAUGUCCUAUUUGCCGCAGAGCAGUCUUAGCUUCUGGUAACAGAGAAAGCAUUGUGUAAUCAAGGUGUGAACUCUCAGCUGUGUAGCUGGUACAGUGAUGGGCAAACAGGAAUCACUUGCUUUAUGUCCACUUUUUGAGUGGUGCUUAAAUGUAAAGUAGCAACCUGAAUUGAGUCAUUGCUUUCUGAAUGAAUCAUUGUCCUUUCUUUAAUUUCUGUUCCAGAAUAAAAGGAAAUAUUUUGUCAAAUGUUCUAGGGCACAAAAAAGUUGAUUUCACUACCAGUCAUUGCUACUACUGCUGAUUUACCACAUUUGCUUGUCAGUUUAUGCUUUAUUUUAAAAGAUCUGCCUUAGCAAUGACUCCUAUCUGUUUCAUGUUAAUCUUUAAAGUUUCCCAUGCCAUAGGAGAACAGGGGUGAAGGAAAUUUACAGUUUAGAUUGACAGUACAUAUUUCAUAAGUGAUUGCUUAAAUCUGUACCGUUCCCAUUAGUUGGCAGAAAAUCAGCUACACUCUGAAUAUCAUUUCACCUUGCAGACGAGGUGACUUAAGACAUAUCGGUGUAAAUAACACUAAAGUUAGGAUCCUCUUAAGUGUAUACUGUCUCCUAAGCCCAUCACUGUGGCACACUGUAGAGUGAGCUUAUAGUUUGAGAUAUUUAUCUUGUGGGGAUAUUAAAAAAAAAAAGCCUAUGCUUGUGUAAGUGAAAAAAUCACAUUCAUUUGUUUAAAAAUGUAAAGCUAUUUUGUAGAGGCUCAGUACUUUUCCAAUGCACCGUUAUAUUAAUGCAUUAAAAAAUUAUAAACUACCAUGCUUAGAAAUGAGAAAACUGCUUUUUGUGAGCCAGCAUAGCAAAGUACCAAACGAAGUACAGCAGAAAUCUGUUCAAGAGCAGAACAUAUCUAUGAUAUACAAUGUAUGUGAACAGCUACUAUAACAUGCAAAGAAAAGGACAGUGCAGAAUUGAAAUGCAUUGUGUUUUGACUUGAAUUUAGGCAGGAAAUGAAAGAUAGAAGGAAUAAGAAAAGAAAAGCUAUAGAACUUCACAUUUUCAUGAGGUUCAUUACUCAAUCAUACAGGUGAAAUUAUUUCAUUCAGUAAGAUCUUUGAUAAUGUAUUUUACUUGAGCAGAUGAAAUUGAUCAGUUAAUGUUAGCAGAGCUUUGGUUUAACUACCACCAGGCACAAGUUGAAGUUUCUUUUUUUUUAAUAAGUCUGUUACUUAAAAAAAAAAAAGAUGGAAGAGACUAUAAACCAUUUUUAGCAUAAGAACUGAAGUUGGUACAGAUGUGUAUGUAUAUCAAUAGGAAAAUCUCGAAUUUAUACAUUGUUUUCGAGAUUUUAAGGUACCAGUGCACUUUUUGCUAUUUUAUUACUCUCUCUGACACAGAUCUGCCAUCUCACAAUUAAAGAUCAAUUGAAGAAUUUAGGAAUUUUUAUACCUUUGAAAAGUGAGUUGUCUUGAGUUACUUGAAAUUUCAAUUUUCAUUGUGCAUCCCAUAUUAAAUAUGAGAUUACUUGCUCCUGGUUUACGGGACAUGCACUUACGUUGUCUCCUUAGUAAUAAGAAUAGAUUUGUGAAGAACCCCAUACUGUUGUCAAACUUCUUUCUUGGUUGGGGUUAUGAUUUGUCUAACUGAGGACUCGGGAUUUUUUUUUUCCAUUGUUGGGAUGGUUAAUGGACUCAGAAAUGAACAUAUCUUUGGCCUUUAACAAAGCAAGCUAACUAUCUGGAUAUAGUCAGAUGCUCUGCAAAAUGGGCAGGUUUACUUUAGGAAUCUGGCUGCCUUUGGCUGUUACCAACUUUUAACAGUAAGGAUUUUUUUCAAAGCUCAUUCUUUCAUGUUUUCCCCUGACUUUUCAGUCCUACCUGUCAAGGAAAUUAAUUUGUAUAUAUGGUAGUUUUUUUAUCAAGGAUAUGCACUGCUCUUGCAAGGAAAUAAUAUCCAAACAAAGCUUCACUUAUUUUUUUUAAUAUAAGCAGAUUUCACUGUUUAUGGCGCUUAAAUAAUACAUUUUAUCUUUUUAAAAAUUGUCCAUGUAAAGGUCAAGAAUACAUUAUAUGUGUGGGCCUCCUUUUCUCUUUCCCUAAAGGGUGUAAUCUAUAGUUUCAGAUCUGCAGGUUAUUCCUGAUUGGCUAAAAACAAAUCCACAUUUCUCCUGGCAUAAAAUAUUCUAUUAUAGGGGUGUUCAUUUAAAAUAGUUUAGUAACAACUGUAGUACAUUCUAAGUAUAACAGAAAAUUGUUGACCACAGAUACCUCCCUAACCUCCCGAGAUGUAUUAUUCAUUUGUGAAGUAUUAAUGUAACAGGUAACUCAAACAGCAAAAUGCUGGUUAUGAAUGUAGAUACUGAAGCUCUUCAUGAACACUGGAAAUUAAAAAAAAAAAAAGUUUUUAGCCUUCAGUAGAAUGCACCUAUUGAACAUGUGCAUGUGGACACCUUUUUCAGUAGCACUCACUGAUUUCCAUUGGAUUGUGUAGGAUGGAUAUAAAUAGGAAUUUGGUACUUUUUAUUUUACAAGGUUCGUGAUUAAUAUAUACUUAUUAUGAACAUUGGAGACAAGGUCAUGUGUAAGAUGUACAAGGGAGAACAAAAACCUUUUUUUUUUUUUCCCAUCACUAUUCAAACACAUUGUUCUGAGGGAGCAUUUUCUUGCAGAAAGACUUCACAUUUCAUUUUGUACCUUUGCACUUUUUCUUUAUUAUAGAAAAGUUCUGUCUUGAAGAACUAGUUUGAACUUUAUUGAACUUCAUGUAGACAUAGGAACAAGAAGGAACAGUGUUGGGAGAUUCCAUUAUUCAUGGCAUAGGUGAAAAUACUAAGAACCUGAUUUCCUUGAAUAUUUCAGAUAUUGUUAAAAAUUCACUUGGCUAAUCUGAAAUAUUGAAGGUGUUUUGUUACUUAACUUCAGUGCUGACAAGUUUGACAUUUGUUAAUACUAAAACCAAAAUUGAGCAAGUUAGGUUUAAAGUUGGUGGAUUUUAUCUGUAGCAACACUAGAAAAUGAGCUGUGUUAAUUUUUUUUAAGCAUAUUAGUUAUACCUCAGUGGUGUUAAUGCAGGUGGGACUUGAGAAGCCUUCACAUUAAUUUUUUGAGUGUAGGUAAUAAUUGUACGGUUAACAAGAAAUGUUUAGCACCAGUUGUGUGUGUGUAUCUACAUAAACACACACAUAUAAAUACAUCUCUAAAAACAUGAUUGUUGGGAUUCAUCCAGAAUUUAAGAUUAGGAAUCUGGUUAGCAAUGAGUGUUACCUCUAGUAAUUUUUCCCUCUGGGAAAACGUCCUUUCUGUGCCAAGCGUUCACUCCUGGUGUCAUUGUUUUAAAAUUUUUGUUUAAGAACAGUCAUUAAUUUAAUAAGCUUUUUGUUUAAUCACCUGCUUCCCAAAUGCCUACAACAUGAAACUAAUAGGUCAAGCAUCAGCCAUGUGAUAAGGAGAUAAAUGUUCCCUGAAUAUCCAUGUGAUAAAGGAGAUAAAUGUUUCAAGAUGCCUCUUAAAGGAUCAUUUUUACAAAGAUGGAGAAUAUUUUCACAUACACCCUCCUUUGUUCUAAAGUGAAUAUUUGUAACCUGCCUUUUUGAUCUUUUAAAAGAUUUACCUUACUGGCUUGACAAGUGUUACUAAGAUUAUGUAGAUAGAAGCCACAUUUCCAGGGCACUUUUAUUCUUAUAAAACUAUACUGAUACUGACUGCUACUUUUAAAAUAUUCUUACUGUAGUAGUGCGAGAGGUUGAUAAGGCACAUGUUAAAGUGUCAGACAUUUUUUUUCCUUUAGUAUAAUCUUCAGUAUGUUUAAUGCUCAACAACAGUGUUGUAAUUCACUGAGUUUACUAGUAUUUUAUGCGCAUUUGAAAACCCUUGGAAAACAAAUUGACAUGACAUGGUUUUAUUUGGAAGACUGAAGUACAAAACCUGAGGAACUAGUAUUUUACUUUAAAAAUUCAUAAAUAUAGCUGCGAGGUAAUUACCUGCCUUAAAAUAUAAUUCUAAAGUUGAGUUCUUAACUGGAAUGCUUCUAAAAUAUUUGUUAUCCCAAGAAGAGAACAGUCUUGAUUUAGGUGAUUCUGUUUUAUAUUGAAAAUACAACAUAUCAAUAGAGUUGUCACUUGAGGUGUUGGGACACCUAAGGGGUAAUGGUCUUUGCUUCAUGAAUAUUUUCAUAACUAGAUAUGUGUGUUAAUUACAGAUUUGAAAGGAGUAGACACCCUCCAAUCUUAAUUACAAUUUUUUUAGUUGAACUAAAGACCCACAAGGUACUUUCUGAAUCACUUAUAUUGGAAAGUAUCUUAACACAUGAAUCCCCACCAUACCACUGUGCCUACUUAUAAGUCUCUAUCGGUUCCUCAUCUUGCAAAUUGUGCCAUGACCAAUGUGUGGUUGAACUAGCACCCAACCUUAACUCUGUUCAGUGCCCCUUGCUAACAUUAUUUUAAUUGAUUGUACAUGUUUUAACUGUCCAGUGUUUGGUUUUUACCUUUUGAUAGCUCCAUUUGUCCCUGGUGCUGCUUUUAAAAGAUGUAUGGCCAUGUGAUCAGGUAUCAAGUUGAAUAGGUACGCAAUUGGCCUGCUUAUAUAUUUGUGCCUGUUUAUCUUCUCCCACGAAAAGCUGCUUUGGUAUAUAAAGAACUGGGUGGCAAUCUUGUGAAGUUGUCCAGAACCUGAAAGGUUUUGUAGGGGGAAUAAUAAAGGCUGUCUUUAUGUUUUCGAACAUGAAGCACAUAAAUGUGUGUUCUGUAAAGACUAAAGUGAUUGUUACACCAGGGCUUCCUGACCUCUGGGAGAGACUUUGGUAAUUAGCAGAAAGGAGCACAAAGUGAAGUGAAUUUGGUUGGCUUCUCGUUUUCUUUGAAUUUAAACUGAAUAUAACACCCUUCUCUAAUCCAGCAGACUCGUCGUGGUUGGGAAGCCCUGUAUUUGAGAAUGUACCCAGGUUGUUUUUUGUUUUGUUUGUUUUUUGUUUUGUUUUCCUUUUGUUCAGUGCUUUACACCUGCUAAAAAUUAACUUGUUUAACGCAAAACAGUACCUUAAGAGGUCAAUCAUAUUAAAGCUGAUUUGAUUAAUAGUUAUCUUUUAGAAAGAAGCUUUUUCCCCCUAUGUAAAAUGUCAUACUGCAGAUUUAAAAUACAGACUCAAUAAAAUGCAUGAAGUGAUCA